CAAGUCAUUACAAUCAAUUCCCUAACACAAGGAACUAGGGUUCUUCAUACCCAAGUGAGAGAGAGGUUCUACUCCAUAGAGAGAGAAGAGAAAACAGAAAUCAGAGUAGUCAUACUCAUAAAGAUGAGGAAAAUCUGCUCUGGGAUGUCAAUCUUCACUCCUAGGGACGCAAUCUGGGCUUCAAUGAUGAGAAAUCCACUCCAAAAUAGC